AUGUCGCGCAGAUACGAUUCUAGGACGACGACCUUCAGUCCAGAAGGGAGAUUGUACCAGGUGGAAUAUGCUAUGGAGGCCAUUUCUCAUGCAGGAACUGUGAUUGGUAUCCUUGCAAAGGAUGGCGUGGUCUUGGCUGCUGAAAAGAAGGUGACCAGCAAGUUGCUGGAGCAGGACAAGAGCUCGGAAAAGAUCUACAGCCUAAGCAAGUGAGUCGGGUCGAGCUUCGAGAUGCUCACACAGCUUUGAAGGGCUCUUCAAUGCGUAUCUCCGUGAGCAGACACCUGACGGACGCUUGUUGCCUUGCCCUUAGCAACGUGGUCACUGGCGUAGCCGGCUUGACAGCGGAUGCCAAUUCUCUGAUCAACUAUGCGCGAAACGCAGCGCAGAAGUACCUUUUGGCCUACGAUGAUGACAUGCCAGUCGAACAACUAGCACAACGUCUUUGCGAUCUCAAGCAAGGCUACACGCAAUAUGGAGGUGCGUAUUCCAGCUCAGACUGAAGCUCAACGCUGCAGUAGAGGUGUUCGAAUGCUUUUUCAGUUCGACGCGCGUCUCAUUUCAAUACUUGGCUCAAUCACUUUCGCAGGUUUGCGACCGUUCGGUGUAUCAUUGUUGUAUGCCGGGUACGAUGCCCACCACGAAUUCCAACUGUACCAUUCCGACCCUUCAGGCAACUACUCGGGGUGGAAAGCGACCUGCAUUGGAAGUAACAAUGGUACUGCCACAAGUCUCUUGAAGCAAGACUAUAAGGAGGGUCUUGGCAUCCAGGAAGCCUCGGAUCUGGCUAUCAAGACGCUUGGCAAGACCAUGGAUGCCACUACCCUGGACUCUGACAAGAGUGAGUCAAGUCGCUUUGGGCAGGGCCCGCUCGAUCCGUACAGCACUUGCGAUAGCUGACCACACUUUGCUGCCUUGCAGUCGAAUUUGCGACCCUUACCUUGGAUUCGACCGGCGUACCACGCACCAGCAUUUUCAAGCCUCAUGAUAUUGACAGGCUCAUCGAGAGGAAUGGUUUGGCAAAGCCAAAGGAAGAGAACACUGGGGAGGGCAUGGCUCUGGACUAG